AUGGAUAACGUAGAAGAAUUUGGAACAAUCUCCUCGAUACUUAUAGGGUUAGAGAUUGCCACCUUCCUCCUGAACACUGGUCGUGGGUUACAAGCCAUGAUGUUAGUCGAAGCAUGUUUGAUCUUUCUAAAAUCGAAGGAGCUGGAAAAGAAGACCUGUUUCCUAUUUACCAGGACAAUCAAAACGAUAAUGUUCAAGGCGGCUUGCAUGGCUUCCAGUUACACAUCUGCAGAAAGAUAUGCCAAGGAACUUCUCGAUAUGUACCAUGCCUCUAGUGACACAAUUGUAGAAGAAAGAACAAUAAAUAUGAUAACUUUUGAACUGGGAAAGAUAUAUCAGAUCCAAAAUGAAUUUGAAAAGGCAAAACAAUAUUAUCAGAAGGCAAUUGAUAUGACGAAAUGUACUGCUGACAAAAAAACGGAGGCAAAAUGUUACUUAGCGAUGGGAAAUUUAUCUUAUUCGCGUAGUGAAUAUCACAAAGCUAAGAAGUAUUUCGAGAACGCACUGGCAAUCACGGUGUCCUAUGGUGACAGAAUUAGGGAAGCUACCAUUUACGGAAACCUAGGUACAGUCGUUCAGUCGCUAGGGGAAUACGACAAAGCUGAGAAAUAUUACAAGAAAGCACUUGAAAUCAGAAAAAAAACUGGCGACAGAGAAGGAGAAGCAAAUGACUACGGGAACUUAGGAACAUUGUUUUAUUCACUGGGUGAAUACGAAAAGCUUGCAAUCAGAAAGGAAAUUGGCGACAGAGAGGGAGAAGCAGCUGACUACGGAAACUUAGGAACAUUGUUUCAGUCACUGGGUGAAUACGGAAAGGCUAAAGAAUACACCGAGAAAGCAAUUGCGAUCAGAAAGGAAAUUGGCGACAGAAAGGGAGAAGCGGCUGACUACGGAAACUUAGGAACAUUGUUUCAUUCACUGGGUGAAUACGAAAAGACUAAAGAAUACACAGAGAGAGCACUUGCAAUCAGAAAGGAAAUUGGCGACAGAGAAGGAGAAGCAACUGACUACGGAAACUUAGGAACAUUGUUUCAGUCACUGGGUGAAUACGGAAAGGCUAAAGAAUACAUCGAGAAAGCACUUGCAAUCAGAAAGGAAAUUGGCGACAGAAAGGGAGAAGCAGCUGACUACGGAAACUUAGGAACAUUGUUUCAGUCACUGGGUGAAUACGGAAAGGCUAAAGAAUACACCGAGGAAGCACUUGAAAUCAGAAAGGAAAUUGGCGACAGAAAGGGAGAAGCAACUGACUACGGAAACUUAGGAACAUUGUUCCAGUCACUGGGUGAAUACGAAAAGGCUAAAGAAUACACGGAGGAAGCACUUGCAAUCAGAAAGGAAAUUGGAGACAGAGUGGGAGAAGCAACUGACUCCGGAAACUUAGGAACAUUGUUUCGUUCACUGGGCGAAUACGAAAAGGCUAAAGAAUACACCGAGAAAGCACUUGCAAUCACAAAGGAAAUUGGCGACAGAAAGGGAGAAGCAACUGACUACGGAAACUUAGGAAGACUGUUUCAGUCACUGGGUGAAUACGGAAAGGCUAAAGAAUACACUGAGAAAGCACUUGCAAUCAGAAAGGAAAUGGGCCACAGAGAGGGAGAAGCAGCUGACUACAGAAACUUAGGAGCAUUGUUUCAGUCACUAGGUGAAUACGGAAAGGCUAAAGAAUACACCGAGAAAGCACUUGCAAUCAGAAAGGAAAUUGGCGACAGAGAGGGAGAAUUUAAAACUCUUUGCGGUCUAACGGUUUUGAAGUUGGCUCAGUCUAAUUUCCAAGAAGCGUCUUCGUUUCUUCUUCGAGCUAUUGAAAUAUUCGAAAAAUUGCGAGACUUCGUGAAAGACGAUGAUUACUUCAAAAUAGCUUUGAUGGAGAAGCAUGGUGCCUUUUCCUAUCAGAUACUCAGUAAAUUGCUUUCUUUUUCCGGGAAGCCCGAAGAUUUCCUUUACGUUGAAGAACUCAGACGAGCAAGAGCUCUAGCGGACUUGAUGAGAGCUCAAUAUUCCGCUAAUCAGCCUCAGUUCUUACAAUCGUUGUUUAGCAUUCAUGAUGUCAUUAAAAGAGAAGCAAAUUGUACUUUUCUUUACCUUUCGGUCGAUGAUAAAGAUGUACGGAUUUGGGUUCUUAAAACAAGUGGGGGGAUUCUUUUCCGGCGCAAAAAGAGAAUGGAUUUGACAGAUAGUUUUGGAAAUGCAGGGUCAGUGUCCAACCUAAAAGAGUUUUUUUCGAAGAGUUUCCGACACUUUGCCAUCCUACCUACAGAGAAUUACGAAGAUCGCUCUUUAAAUAACGGACCUGUUCUAGCGUUACCUCGCGAUGUUUGGCGAUCGCCUCCACCCCAUGAUGAAACUGAAGUUAAGGAAAGAAGUCUGCGUUUUUUCCACAAAAUAAUCAUCGCUCCCGUGGCCGAUUUUUUGAAAGAGCCUGAAAUCAUCAUUGUCCCUGAUAGCUGUAUGUACCAAGUGCCAUUUGCAGCCUUACUUGACGAAGGAGGAAGAUAUUUGUCUGAAAAAUUCAGGAUGCGCGUCGUUCCUUCCUUGACGGUCCUUAAGGUCAUUCAGGAUAGUCCUUCAAACUAUCACAGUAACACUGGGGCACUGAUAGUGGGUGCACCUGAGGUGAGCGAAGUGAUUUACAGGGGAAAAAAACAGAUCCUCGUUCCAUUACCAGCUGCAAGAAAAGAAGCUGAGAUGAUUGGAAAAAUGCUGGGCGUCAUCCCAUUGUUAGGGAAAGAUGCAACAAAGGAGGCGGUUCUUGAACAGAUGAAGUCAGUUGCGUUGAUACAUUUUGCUGCUCAUGGAGAUUCCGAGAGAGGAGAAAUAGCACUGUCCCCCGUCAGGACUACUAACAGUACUCCACAAGAAGAAGAAUACCUUUUGACGAUGGCUGAAGUAUCAAAAGUUCAACUUCGAGCUAAACUGGUAGUUCUAAGCUGUUGUCACAGUGGGCGCGGAGAGAUUAAAGUCGAAGGAGUAAUUGGAAUCGCUCGAGCGUUCUUAGGAUCCGGUGCUCGGUCGGUGCUAGUGGCGCGGUGGGACGUGGAUGACGAAUCAACGGAGCAGUUCAUGAAAUGUUUCUACGAACACUUGUUCCGUGGUGAGAGUGCCAGUGAAUCUCUUCACGAGGUCAGAAAGUGGAUGAGAGGUAACCCCAAGUAUUCUGAAGUGAAAAAAUGGGCUACGUUCAUGCUGAUUGGAGAUAAUGUCACACUGAGACGAGAGUUCCGGUUUCGUUCGCAGAGCUCUAAAGAAGGUAGAAAAAGCUGUAAGAAAAGUCGUCUUCAAACCAGUGAAAAAAGUCUUCAAGGAGGUGGUGGAAAAACCAGUUAAGUCUGUGUUAAGAGCCGUAGGACUCAAGGUUCGCAAGACAUACAGAGAAUUCCAA